AUGGAAGCUCCCCUUAAGCAAAACUACGAUAUCAUCUUGAAACAGAGUCUCAUGGGGUUUGACCAGAUCGAUAUGAGCAAGAACCCUAAAAUGACAUCCAGCGAUCCCGAAAGGUACCUGGACUUCACCUUCUUGUCUUUUCCCCCCGUCACCCCCAAGACCUAUCGCUUAUUCAAAGUGGAGAGGAUUUCUGCGGAGCAUGUGGCCUACGCCGGGGAGUUCGCGUGUCAAGAUCCUGAAUCGCAACUCAUACCGGUUGGGGAAGGGUAUCACAUCACAGUAGACCAGAGGAUGAGCGCUGAUCUCGAGAAGUCCUAUAUAGACGAUCGCCUUUGGUGGUUUUCGGGAAGCAGGUUCUACUACGACUUCUUCUUCCGGUUCCCCCAUGGCACUUACGGGUUCCUAGCAGGCUAUGGUGAUAACAAGUAUGUGAUCUUGAGAGAGCGGUGGUAUGUGUGA